AUGAAUAAAAAAGAAAUUAAACAAGAUGGCGAAUAGGCUCCAUUGACCAAAACAAGCCUGCUUAAAAUUGAAUCAAGGGAAGGAUAGAUUAUUUAUAUAUUCACAAAGUUAUUUGAUCAUCCAAUACGAUAAUAAAUUAAAUUUGCAUUUGGAUAGAUUAAUGUGUUUAUUGAGAAAUAGGGAAUUAAAUGUUUCAAAAGUGAAAUGAAUAGCAUGGAAUGCUUAAAUCAAGGAAUUGACUGGGAUUAAAAAUAUUUUGACAAAAUUAUCACCUGUUUAGAAAGACCAGAUAAAGAUUUUAGUUAUUCAUUUAAAAGAAGUGAAGGUAAUGAGCAAGUUCCUUGCGAUUAUGUUUUGAUAUUGUCUGAGAAAGUACACAAAUUGAACGAGGUAAUAUUGUUACGAGUCUAUUUGAUUGAAAAUCCAUCAUUUUCAACAUUAGACCAUUUUUACAGGGUUUGCAAGGAGAUUUAAGAUAAAAAGGAAAUAAUGUAUAAGAGUUUAGAAGAAAAAUUUACAAACUUGACUUAAUAAAGAUAAAAGUUAUAAACUGAUAUUGAGUUUAUAAGUAAUCAAUCACAAUAGAGGGAAAAGGAGAUUUUGAAAAAAUUUGUCCUCCUAUUAAACGAAAAGAAGAAAGAAAUCUGUCGAUUAAACUAAAUAAAUGGUCUAAUAACAAAUUAAAUAAUUGAAGAAGAACAAUAAAAUAAUAAUAAUUAUAUAAAUGUGGAUGACUUUUUUGAAGAAAAGCAAAUACCAGUUAAGAAACAAUAUGAAGAGUAAGCGCAAAGUUCUUAAUUCCCAGUCAGUUAAAUAGAUUAAUUUUUAUUCACCUAAGACACAUAAUUUAAGAAAGAUCUCAGAGAAAUCCCAUCAAAAAAGACAAAAUUAUGA